AUGGUCCAGAAGCCCUACACCAUCAAACUCAAGCCGGACGCCAAACCCUUCUCUCUCAAAGUUCCACGGCGGGUACCACUACCACUCAUGGGCAAGGUGAAGCGGGAGCUGGAGAGGAUGGAGAGCCUGGGCGUCAUCAGCCGCAUCGAGGCGCCAACCGAGUGGUGUUGCGGCAUGGUGGUGGCUCCGAAGAAGAAUAACGAGGUGAGAAUAUGUGUGGACAUGUCACCAGUGAACGAGUCAGUGUGCAGGGAAAAGUUCAUCUUGCCAUCUGUUGAACACACCCUAGGCAUGCUGACCGGAGCCAAAUACUUCUCCAAACUCGACGCAAACAUGGGCUUUUGGCAGAUACCACUCUCAAAAGACUCUGCUCAGUACACCACCUUCAUCACGCCAUUCGGGCGGUACCACUUCAACAGGCUACCCUUCGGGAUCAGCUCAGCAUCGGAGCACUUCCAGAACAGGAUGACAUCAGAGGUCACGGCGGGCCUGGAAGGCGUCGUCUGCCACGUCGACGACAUCCUCAUCUGGGGGGACACGAAGGAGCAGCACGACAGCAGGGUACAUGCAGUCCUGGAGCGGGCAGAGAAGGCAGGUGUGACGCUGAACAUGGCAAAGUGCGAGUUCGGGAGAGAAGAGGUAAAGUUCCUGGGGCACAUCAUCUCAGCAGAGGGGGUGAAACCAGACCCAGACAAGACCAAAGCCGUCCAAGACAUGAGAGAGCCGACGAACAUCAGCGAGCUUCGCAGCUUUCUGGGGAUGGUGAACCAGCUUGGGAAGUUCAUCCCCAACCUCUCUGAGAAGGACAAGCCACUGAGAGCACUCCUCUCAAAGAAGAACAUGUGGUGCUGGGGGCACGACCAGCAACGUGCUUUCCGCAACCUCAAGCAUGAACUCUCCUCAGCGCCAGUACUCCAGCUGUACGACCCAAACAGCCCACUCAAGAUUUCAGCGGACGCCUCAUCUUAUGGGCUGGGGGCCGUGCUGCUACAGAAGAAGGCAGAAACGUGGCUACCGGUCGCGUAUGCUUCCAGGUCGCUGACUGACACAGAACAGCGAUACGCCCAGCUGGAGAAAGAGGCACUGGCACUGACAUGGGCCUGUGAGAGGUUCAGUGACUUCAUACUCGGAGUGCACUUUGAACUCGAAACAGACCACAAACCUCUCGUGAGCCUGCUGGGGGGCCAGGCUCUGGACGCACUGCCACCACGAAUCCAGAGAUUCAGGAUGCGUCUGAUGAGGUACUCCUACACCAUCUUCCACACACCUGGGAAAAGCCUCACCUCAGCUGACACACUCUCACGCGCCCCACUGACGAAUGCAGUGACAAGCAGCGACAAGGACCUGAUGGAGGACACCAACAUCUACGUCGAAGUGGUGAUGGAGCAUCUCCCGACCAGCGACAGGUACCUCACAGAGCUCCGCGAACAGCUGCAGGGCGACAGCGUCUGCGCGCAGGUGAUGAAGUACUGCGUGGAGGGCUGGCCAGACAGGAACCAGCUCCAGGGGCCCGCCAAGCACUACUGGCACGAGAGAGCGUUCCUGACUGUGCAAAAUGGACUACUCCUGAAGGGCACAAGGUUAGUCAUUCCAGCCACAAUGAGAGACACUGUGUUAGACAAAAUACACGAGGGGCACCAGGGCAUAGUGAAGUGUAGAGAGAGGGCUACCCAAGCAGUAUGGUGGCCUGGGCUGAGCAACCAGAUUAGAGAGCUGGUACACAAAUGCAGAGAAUGCAUCAAGGAGAGGGCCAACCCGAAAGAGCCCCUGAUGCCAACCCAACUACCUGAUAGGCCAUGGCAGAAAGUAGGUGCAGACCUUUUCAUGCUGAAUGACAAAACCUACCUGUUAGUAGUUGAUUAUUUCUCUCGUUAUGUUGAGAUUGCCCAACUCAGCCACACACGAUCUGCAAACGUUAUCACACACCUCAAAUCAAUGUUUGCACGUCACGGCAUCGCAGAGACUCUAAUUAGUGACAAUGGUCCCCAAUUCUCUGGGCAUGAAAUGAAAGCCUUUGCCAGUGACUAUUGUUUUGAGCAUGUAACCAGCAGCCCAAAGUACCCCCAGAGCAACGGCGAGGCGGAACGGGCCGUCCAAACCGUGAAGGGCCUGCUUAAGAAAGCCGACGAUCCCUACCGCGCUCUGUUGGCCUACAGAGCGACACCCCUGAGCAACGGCUACAGCCCUGCCGAGCUGCUCAUGGGACGGCGCCUGCGCACCACUCUGCCGGUCCUGCCAGAGAGACUACAGCCGGCACUUCCAGACCUUCGCGAUCUUCGGCGGAAGGAGAGGGAGAAGAGGCGAGCAGACGCACAACGCUACAACAGCAGACACCGCACACGAGACCUGGGUAAGCUGUCGCCAGGAGACGACGUCUGGAUCACAGAUACAGCCGAGCCAGGUCAGGUAACAUCCGCACACAACACCCCACGAUCCUACCUGGUCGCUGGACCACAGGGGACACUGCGGCGGAACCGUGCUCACCUGAUUCCUAUGCCAGAGCAGGGGUCAAAGAGCGAGCAGCAGCCACGCAAGGUGGACAGAGGUGAAGAGACUCCUUCAACAGUCACGCCGACUGUGAGCUCACCUCACAUCACAAGAACCAGGUCUGGCAGGGAAAUAAAGAAACCAGACAGACUUGACCUGUGA